GACGUCUGCAGCUGACUGAAGAAGCGUUUUAAGUUGAGAGCCAGCUUAAGGAAGAAGCCUCAGAAUGUCAGACGGUGACCGGGUGGAGCCUAUGGAGACUAACGACGUCAGCCAGGAGCCUCCGACAUCUAACGACCAACGUGCUGAGAACCAAGAAGAAGUUCAACUCACUCUAUCAGUCAAGUGGUCAGAGGUUUAUGAACAGCAGCAUAAAUGUAAACUUGAACUGGAGAAAAUUCUUCAGACAUGGGCCAACACCAACGACGAAUUCAAGGGAGACUGCAAAGUGCUCAAUGUCUCAGAAGACGGGAGGGCUCUGAUAAGUCUUCCUUCUCCAGCCCUGAGUGAGCUUAAAAAACUAAUUGGACAAGAACUGACAGGGAAAGAUGGAAAAACUGUCACAAUACUGUCUGUUUCUGAGGCACUGCCAGUGUUUCAGACACAAGCACCAGAGGAAGCUUUAAUAAAUUCUCCUCCCACAUCUGUGUCAGAGCAACGUGAUGAGGAAAUGCCACUUGUGGGGCAGCAUAUUGCAGUUUCUACAGCAGGAGAGGAGGCAUGCACUUGUCCUGUCCCAGUGAAUCAUUUCUGGUACGUGAGCCACAUCUACAGGGAGGAAAUUAAACGUAUAGAGAAAGAGAAUGGAGUUAAAAUCAACGCAGAAGUAUAUGUGACAUUUCAAGGAGACCAGAAAGAUGGAGGCCGCCAAAAAGCUCUCUCUGAGUUCACAAACCUUGUCCAGAAGUGCUUAGGUGAAUCAGAUGGCUCAAUAAUUCCUCUCAAGAAAGUGAAUCCAGAAGAUUGGAAGGACACAGUGAAUAUCAUCCAGAGAAAGGACAACAAGCUUUUGCUUACUGUAUCCUCUGAAGAAAUGACCGUAUGUGGGCCAAGACAAAGUCAAGAUGCCAUCAGAAAGUCCUUAAACGCAACAGCAAAUACCAGCACUGUUGUUGGUGAUUCUACAUGGCCGUCUCAAGAUACAUCACCAAACAUUGACAUGAGCAUCAAAGACCCUCUUGUCGAUGCUGGACUAACCAUGGAGGAGAACUACUGGAAGCUGAUGACUACUUCCUUCGAUAAGCAAGUAGCUAAGAUCAAAACUAAGUUUGCUGUGGACUUUAAAGAAUCGAGCACCAGUCAGGGCAAAGUCAAAGUCAAAGUCAAAGUUUGCUACAAAAAAUCUGGAGGGAACGCGUCAAUGGAGAGCCACGCUGUCAGAGCUCUUCUCCAUCUGUACCAGAAGGUUGCCACAUCACCUCUGAGCUUCACCCAACAACAUGGUGCCUUUGGGCUCACUGACUUGCAGUCAGAGGGAGCCUCCGGUGGAUCUGGGUUGAAUGGACAAUCAGACACUGAAGCCCCCACAGGAGGAGGAGCAACAGCAGGCGACUCAGCAAAAGAUGACAACUGUCCUAUAUGCCUGGAUACAUUCACCAAUAAGAAACAGCUUAAGUGUAAACAUGAGUUUUGUGAAGAAUGCCUGGCAAGCGCAAUGAAAAGCACUGGAGCCAUCUGUCCAGUUUGCAAAGAUGUCUUUGGUCUGAUAAAGGGAGACCAGCCGGAUGGAAAAAUGACGUGGAACAAAAGCUCUUUAUCCAUCCCUGGAUUUGAAGGCUGCGGCACUAUAACCAUCCACUAUGAUAUUCCAAGUGGAGUACAGAAGGAAAACCAUUCAAAUCCUGGGCAGUACUAUUCUGGUAUUAACAGAUCAGCAUAUCUGCCAGACAACAAAGAGGGCAAAGAAGUACUGGGCCUGUUGAAGAAAGCAUUUGACCAGAAGCUCAUUUUCACUGUUGGGACGUCCAGAACAACUGGGAGAGACAACCAAGUGACCUGGAACGACAUUCACCACAAGACCUCCCCUACAGGAGGACCACAGUGUUAUGGGUAUCCUGAUCCUGGCUACCUGAGCAGAGUCAAAGAGGAGCUGAAGGCUAAAGGCAUCGAGUGAAGACUUCCAUACAAAGUAGCAGAAGUGAGAUGUUUUAGCACACAAAAAAAAAGAAUUAAGAUGAUUAUGUAAAACAAGCAAUUACUGGAAUGCACAUAUUGUUGUACUUUAUGGUGUGUCUUCUUCUCUUGUAAUUUUUAAUAGUAUUAGUAAGGGUUGCUUUGAGGUGUGCCAGACAUGAUUUACAUCUUAAGAGUUUAUGGUUUAGCAGAAUGUAUUAUCUUCACAUAUUAAGUUUAACUUUUUUUGAUGAAGGAUUUCCUCAUUAUUUUGUUGAUUGAUAGUUGCUCAACCUAUAAGAGAAUAAGAAUAGCAUUUGCAUAUGUGAAUUUAACUUUCUUUCUAUAUUACACAAUCUGAUCUACUGCUAAUAAAUGAAUAAAACGACCCAUACUGACUCAUCA